AGUCAGCGGCGGAGAGGAAGUGUCUGAUAGGUGCAGAGAGGGUUCGGUCUGUGUGUGAGAGACUGAGAAAGGAAGCUGUAUUACAUCCAGGACGGUACCACUACCGGGGACCCAGUCUGUGGAUUAUUCCUCGCCUGUGAAGGAACACCUGUGUGUGGAGAGAGAGCCGGACUGAGCCCUGGAGAGCAGGGCGGGUGGAUGACUUCUGUGGAUGCGGGUCUGAGCGGUGGAGAAAGGGAGGCUGCUGAACAUGGGCCCCCCCCUGUAGUCACCGGGGCUGACAAGGAGGGGCAGGUCUUCCCGGUCAUCAUGUGCACUCGGACCUCUCCUGACCCCGUCCCAGAAUGCCAGUUGUUCCCUGAAGAGGUGGAAGAGACUGUGGAGGGGGUAGCAGAAGAGGGCAAAGAGAGGGAGUCAGACAGAGACAGUGCUGUGGAAAACUCCCAAGGCUCUGACGCUUUCGAAGGUCUCAACAGACUCGUAGACAAGGAAGACGCACUGGGAGAUCUCUUUUUCUCCGGGGAGAAGUGUGCUCAGGCUAGUAUCUCUGUAACCUCCGACCUCUCCACACGUUCCUCGGCUUCACUGAACGAAGAGCAGUUUGAGGACUACGGAGAGGGGGAAGAACCAGAAUACACUGCCAGCAGCCCUUCUCCAGACGACGACGCUCGAACUAACGGCUACUCCGACCUCGGCUCAUCUGUGCCCUCAAGCGCUGGUCAGACGCCCCGGAAGGUGCGUCAUCAGUUUGCAGGUGAGCUCAUGGACGUCUACUGUUCUCAGUGCAGCAAGAAGGUCAACCUGCUCAAUGACCUGGAGGCUCGCCUCAAAAACCUCAGGGCUAACAGUCCCAGCAGGAAAAUCUCCAGCACUGCCUUUGGAAGGCAGCUGCUCCAUAACAGCAACCUAAGCAGCCGUAACGGCAGCACGGAAGACCUUUUCAGAGAUAGCAUUGACUCCUGUGAUGUCGACAUCAACGAGAAGGUGAGUUCUCUUGAGAAGAAGGUAGCCGAACUCGAGAAUGAGAUUCUGAUGAAUAGCGACCUGAAGUCCAGACUGAAGCAGGAGAACACACAACUAGUACACAGGGUAAAUGAGCUAGAAGAGCAGCUGAAGGACCAAGAGACUCGUUCUGAGCAAAAUACCCAGGAGGAGUUAAGAAGACACAGAGAGGCCUACAGCAAAAUGGAAAGAGACAAGAACACCCAGAUAGAACUACUGACCAGUCGUAUCAAGCAUCUGGAAGAGGAGAACAGUGACAUGUCUCUUACUUUGUGUCGACUCAAGUCACAGACAGAGAGACUUGAUGAGGAGAAGCAAAGGAUGACAGACAAGCUGGAGGAUACCAGUCUGCGGCUGAAGGAUGAAAUGGACCUUUACAGGAAAAUGAUGGACAAACUGAGGCAAAACAGGGAGCAGUUCCAGAAAGAGAAAGACGCCAUGCAGGAGUUAAUAGAGGACCUGCGUCGAGAGCUGGAGCUCUUGCAGCUCUACAAGCUGGAGGCAGAGAAGCCCGGUCGGAGCCGCAGCUCCUCAUCUGGACUGGCGGACUUUAACUGCAGGUCCAGAGAGGUGGAGCUGGAACAUGAGGUCAAGAGACUGAAGCAGGAAACCCAGAAGCUGAGGGAGCAAAAUGAAGACCUGAACGGCCAGAUCCUCAGCCUCAGCCUGUACGAAGCCAAGAACCUGUUUGCCACACAGACCAAGGCUCAGUCUCUAGCUGCUGAGAUAGACAACGCCUCCAGAGAUCAGUUAAUGGAAGCCCUGAAGGAGCAGGAGGACAUCAACAUAUGUCUGCGGCAGUACAUGGACAAGAUCAUUCUGUCCAUCCUGGACCACAACCCCUCCAUUCUGGAGAUAAAGAACUAGCAGACGCUUGACACGGAUGAAAAUCCAUCACUCUGAAUCUGAGAUAGUUCCAGCUAUCUGCUCCGGGCAUCGCUACAGGAAGAAAAAAAGAUAACCGAACUCCUGUAACUGGACCUGCUUUGCCAGCUGCUGUUUGCUCAGAAGACUUUCUCUCCCCAUAGACUGAAAUUCAGAGCUAAAUUCCAGGGAUUCUUCCCAGGGAGCGAAUGCUAAACAACAGACGGUUAUGCAAAUGUGACCAUUUGUGUCAUACUGCACUGUUUUCAUACUCUGCUGCUUUGUUCAGUUGUUGUUGUCACAACUUUUGUUUUUUGGUAAUUUUGCAAGCUGGUAGCUUCUAACCAGGAAUAACCUGCUUUUAGGAUUGACUCAAUCAGGCAGGGGAGCACACUGGAGUUAAUCUGAAGAUACUAGAAAAGCCUAACAAAAUCUCCCCGUCGUGGGAUAAUUGCUGUAUUACUGACAGAUGGUGGGUCAGAUUUCAGAAAUAAAAUAGUGGCAAUAAGACGGCUACCCUGAGUGAGACGGACAUGAAGGCAGCCUCGUUGUUGCCUGACCUGUGUAU